CCGCUCGACCGACCCCCACCCCCACCCCCCCCGGCUUGGCCCGGGGGCCCGGGCGCGAUCCGUCCCCCUCCCCACAUCGCCACCGAGGCCUCCGAAAAGCUGUUCCGCGGACAGAAGCGGAGAGAAACCCAGGAAGAGAAGGAAAAAGCCUUAUUUAUUAUCAUUUGCCCCGCGGUUGGCAUGGCAACCCAGGCCUACGUUACUGAGCUACAGACAGCCCCGCCAGCAUCGCAGCCUCCACCUGCCCCGCCCCAGGCCCAGCCCCAGCCGCCACCCCCGGCGGCACCCCAGCCCCCCCAGCCGCCUGCAGCCACCACUGCCACCCCCCAGCCCCAGUAUGUCACCGAGCUACAGAGCCCCCAGCCCCAGGUGCAGCCCCCGGGUGCCCCGAAGCCCUACGUGACCGAGCUCCCGCCUGCGCCCGCACCCCCACAGCCGGCUGGCGCCCCCACCCCAGCCCCUGCGUCCCAGCAGUACAUCGUGGUCACCGUGUCCGAAGGUGCCUUGCGGGCUAGCGAGGCCGCGUCGGAGGCCAGCCCGGGCACCACGGCCAGCCAGACCGGCGUCCCCACCCAGGUUGUGCAGCAAGUGCCCGGCACUCAGCAGCGGCUCCUGGUGCAGAGCGUGCAGGCCAAGCCAGGCCACGUGUCCCCGCUGCAGCUCACCAACAUCCAGGUGUCACCACAGGCCCUCCCCACACAGCGCCUGGUGGUGCAGAGCACGGCACCCGGCGGCAAGGCCAGCCAGGUCUCCCUGACGGUGCAUGGGACCCAGCAGGUGCACUCACCCCCAGAGCGGUCGCCGGUGCAGGCCAACAGCUCAGCCAGCAAGACGGCCGGGCCGGCGGCAGGCCCAGUGCCGCAGCCGCUGCAGGUCCACGGUGUGCAGCAGAGCCUGCCUGCGUCCCAAGAGAGGUCCGUGGUCCAGGCCACCCCACAAGCACCCAAAGCUGGCCCCGUGCAGCAGCUGACCGUGCAGGGGCUCCAGCCGGUUCAUGUGGCCCAAGAGAGCUCAGGCAGGCAGUGCCCCACUAGGAAGGCAGAUCAGCCAGCGCCCUACGGCGAGCCCUGCGCCGGGGCCCCGGCGGAGCUGGUGGGCACGCUGCCUCCGAACCUGCUCCAGCCACCGCAGCAGAGGGUGGUACUCGAGCCGCUGCCUGGGCUUCCGGCCCCGGCCGGUCCCGGCCAAAGGGUCAGGAUCCAGAGAGUCCCCCAGGUGCUAGUGCUCGCCACAGCUGCCACGGCCCUCAAAGUACAGCAGCUGCAGCAGGUGCCUGUGCCGCACGUGUACUCCAGCCAGGUGCAGUAUGUGGAGGGUGGCGACGCCAGCUACACGGCCAGUGCCAUCCGCUCCAGCUCCUACCCGUACUCCGAGACCCCACUGUACACGCAGACUGCGGGCACCGCUUACUAUGAGGCCGCAGGCACGGCCGCCCAGGUCAGCACACCCACCGCCUCCCAGCCGGUGGCCAGCAGCGGCUCUGUUCCCAUGUAUGCGUCUGGCAGCCCAGUGGUCGCCAGCUCCACCAGCAGCACAGGCGGGGCCAGCAGCGCGGGUGGAGGCAGCGGUGGCGCUGGGGGAGCCACGGGCAACGGAGGCAGCGGCGGCAGUGGCGGCGGGAACGGUGGAGGCAGCAGCGGUGGAACUGGCACCUAUGUGAUCCAGGGCGGUUACAUGCUGGGCAGCACCAGCCAGUCUUACUCCCAUACCACCCGUGCCUCGCCAGCCACCGUCCAGUGGCUCCUGGACAACUACGAGACGGCCGAGGGCGUGAGCCUGCCCCGCAGCACCCUCUACUGCCACUACCUGCUGCACUGCCAGGAGCAGAAGCUGGAGCCCGUGAACGCCGCCUCCUUCGGGAAGCUCAUCCGCUCAGUCUUCAUGGGGCUGCGCACACGCCGCCUGGGCACCAGGGGCAACUCCAAGUACCACUACUAUGGCCUGCGGAUCAAGGCCAGCUCACCCCUGCUGCGCCUCAUGGAGGACCAGCAGCACAUGGCCAUGCGUGGCCAGCCCUUCUCCCAGAAGCAGAGGCUCAAGCCCAUCCAGAAGAUGGAGGGCAUGACCAACGGCGUGGCCGUGGGGCAGCAGCAGCCAGCGGGGCUGUCGGACAUCAGUGCACAGGUGCAGCAGUACCAGCAGUUCCUGGAUGCCUCCCGGAGCCUCCCUGACUUUGUGGAGCUGGACCUGCAGGGCAAAGUGCUGCCCGAGGGUGUCAGUCCCGGGGACAUCAAGGCUUUCCAGGUCCUGUACCGGGAACACUGUGAGGCCAUUGUGGACGUCAUGGUGAACCUGCAGUUCACACUGGUGGAGACGCUGUGGAAGACCUUCUGGAGGUCCAGCCUCAGCCAGCCCAGUGAGGCUCCGUCUCUGGCCGUGCAUGACGAGGCUGAGAAGAGGCUGCCCAAGGCCAGCCUGGUGCUCCUGUCCAAGUUCGAGCCUGUGCUACAGUGGACCAAGCACUGUGACAACGUGCUAUACCAGGGCCUGGUGGAGAUGCUCAUCCCCGACGUGCUGCGGCCCAUCCCCAGUGCCUUGACCCAAGCAAUCCGGAACUUCGCUAAGAGCCUGGAGAGCUGGCUCACCCAUGCCAUGAUGAACAUCCCAGAGGAGAUGCUGCGGGUGAAGGUGGCAGCGGCCGGCGCCUUCGCACAGACCCUGCGGCGCUACACUUCCCUCAACCACCUGGCGCAGGCGGCGCGCGCCGUGCUGCAGAACACCGCGCAGAUCAACCAGAUGCUCAGCGACCUCAACCGCGUGGACUUCGCCAACGUGCAGGAGCAGGCCUCGUGGGUGUGCCGCUGCGAGGACCGCGUGGUGCAGCGAUUGGAGCAGGACUUCAAGGUGACGCUGCAGCAGCAGAACUCGCUGGAGCAGUGGGCGGCCUGGCUGGACGGCGUGGUCAGCCAGGUGCUGAAGCCCUACCAGGGCAGCUCCGGCUUCCCCAAGGCUGCCAAGCUCUUCCUCCUCAAGUGGUCCUUCUACAGCUCCAUGGUGAUCCGUGACCUGACCCUGCGCAGUGCCGCCAGCUUUGGCUCCUUCCACCUCAUCCGGCUGCUGUACGACGAGUACAUGUACUACCUGAUCGAGCACCGUGUGGCGCAGGCCAAGGGCGAGACCCCUAUCGCAGUCAUGGGCGAGUUCGCCAACCUGGCCACCGCGCUGAAUCCCCUGGACACCGACAAGGACGAGGAAGAGGAGGAGGAGGAGGAGAGCGAGGACGAGCUGCCGCAGGACAUCUCGCUGGCGGCCGGCGGCGAGUCGCCUUCACUAGGCCCCGAAGCGCUGGAGCCACCGGCCAAGCUGGCGCGCACCGAUGCCCGCGGCCUCUUUGUGCAGGCGCUGCCGUCCAGCUGAGCUGCCUGCGGGCGCCCGCGGCCCCGCAGACCGACCCGAUCCACGUGCCUUAAGGAACCCCGCUGUCCUAGCAGUCCGCGGGCCCGGCCCAGGUCCGGCACUCCAGCCGCCCCACGCCCGGGUAGCAGGCGGGCCCUCCCCGUGGAACAUUAACUUAUUCUGCUCGCGGGCUUUGCACAGCUGCCCGGGUGCCCGAGCCCGGCGGGCAGCGCGGGGGCGUAACCCGGGACCGCUCCCCAGCCCCACUGCUUCUCCCCCUCGGUAUAAGUGCAAUUAAAGCCGUGGGCGCGGCGUCUUCGCUAGAACUGGGCCCCCACUCCCUCCUCGCCCCACAACCUGAGAGAGGGCCCCGCAACCUGAGAGAGGGCGGCCAGCCUCGGCCUCCCCGUCCAAAGAAGCGAGGCCUUGGGGCUGAAGUGCCCGGAUGGCCUAGAGGGGCCCGUGACGCCUGGCCGCGCCCCGCGUUCUGCGCCCCCCUGCGUCCGUGGACCCCUGACUAUUGUGCGAUUUGUGAGCCGCCUGAGCGGAGUCGGUAACUCGUUGGGUUUUUUCCAACCAUCAUGGCCUUAUCUGUUCCAGUUUUCUCAAGUGUUUUCAGCCUGUGAGAUAGGUGUUUAUGGCAGAAAAAAAGGAAAAACAAAAAAAUCUAGCCUAUUGUAUAAAAUCACUAUUUCUUGUGCUCCGGUUCCAGCUUCCGGGGAGGCCCUGCCCAAUCCCCCUGCCCAGGCCUCCCCUCCCAGCGGUGGAAGUGUCCCACGUGUGGUAGUUUAGUGUGCUGCGCUGUUUUCUACCUUUUUGUAGUCUUUCUUAAAACAAUAAAUUCCGCUGUGAUAA